AUGUCGCUCAUCAGAGAGUCAUUGCACCUCAGAGUACCCUUUCGAGAUAUCGAAAUAGCCACGAAAAACUUCACAACCAUCAUAGGAAAGGGUGGAUAUGGCUUUGUCUAUAAAGGAGACCUCUUACUUUCUAAUAAACUGACCUCUGUUGCUGUUAAACGACUAGAAAACGGACUUGGUCAGGGUCUUAAGGAGUUCUUGACAGAGAUCCAAAUGCUCUCUCAUUAUAAACAUCCAAACCUAGUCUCCCUUCUUGGUUACUGCGAGGAAGGCCAUGAAAAGAUUCUUAUUUAUGAAUAUGCAGAGCGUGGAAGCCUCGACAGGUACCUAAGUAAGGCUAAUUCAAUGUUUCCACUCCCAUGGAAGCAACGAAUCAAUGUAUGCAUCGACGCAGCACGUGGUUUGGAUUAUCUUCAUAACCAUGUUGCAGAAAAUCAAAGGGUAAUCCACAGGGAUAUAAAGAGUGCAAAUAUACUGUUGGAUCACAACUGGAAAGCUAUGAUUGCAGAUCUUGGACUUUCCAAAUUAGGACGCGCAAAUGAAAUUGACACUUAUCUCGUUACUAAUGCAUGUGGCACACAAGGUUAUUGUGAUCCGGUGUAUAUCGAAACUGGGAUCCUCACAAAAGAGUCGGAUAUUUAUUCAUUUGGGGUGGUAUUGUUCGAAGUGUUAUGUGGGAGGUUGGGCUUCAUGAAAGUAAAUAACGAAUCAAGGUUUUUGGCCCCACUAGCACGCAGUUGCUAUGAAAAAGGAACUUUAAAUGAUAUUAUUGAUCUUGAUUUGAAGAACCAAGUGGACUCGAAUUCCUUAAAUACCGUUUCCGAGAUUGCAUAUCAAUGCUUGAAGAAUGACCGGAAACAACGACCCUCUAUGAGUUUGGUCGUAGAGAAACUUGUGAGAGCCUUGGAAUUGCAAGAACUUGCGGAAGCAUCGGAGUCACAGGUUCUGCAAAAGAAGAACCAAAGGAAUAACAACGAAAACAUUUGGCCCUACAACCAAAAGAAGGAAAAAGCAUCUGGUUUUACUUUGGUGGAUCUAGAAAUGGACUUGCACUGUGUUGGAUGUGCCCGCAAAGUCAUUAAAGAAAUUUGUAAUUUUAAAGGUGUUGAGUCUGUGGGUGUUAUGGACCUUGAGUUGAAAAAGCUCACAGUGAGUAGCACAUUGGAUCCGGUCUACCUGAGGCAAAAGGUUGAAAAAAAAACUAAGAAGAAGGUGAAUCGGAUCUUUCCCUCACCCAAAACAACUAGUGAUGGCAGGCGUUGGCACAUCCCCACCCAGAUGGGAAAAAAAGUGAAUAGGGGUUACUUGUGGUGCAGUUGUGUUUGAUAUUUGUCGAGCAAGUUGUAGAACUAUUGUGUUGCAUUAAAUUAUAAAUAUUCACAAAUUCAAAAGUAAAUUAAAUCAAGUCUUUAGAAUUUACAACCUUUAUAUUUAGUUAUAAG